GAGAAGAGCCUGUUGGGGACAAGCUGCUCCUGACAGAAGAAUGCCACAGCUGGGCCUGUCCUGGCUGGGACUGGGGCCCAUGGAAGCCUCUCCCUGGGUCCUCCUGCUGCUGGUGGGGGCCUCCUGGCUCCUGGCCCGCAGCCUGACCUGGAUCUAUGCCUUUUAUGAAAACUCUCGUCGCCUCCAAUGUUUCCCGCAGCCCCCCAAACGGAAUUGGCUCUUGGGUCACGUGGGCAUGAUCCAACCCACAGAGGAGGGCUUGAAGGAAGUGUCGAAGCUGGUGGGCACCUAUCCUCAGGGCUUUAUGACAUGGCUGGGCCCCAUCAUUCCCAUCGUCACUCUGUGCCACCCCAACAUCGUCCGAUCUGUCCUCAGUGCCUCAGCUGCGGUUGCACUGAAGGAUGUGAUCUUCUACAGCUUCCUGAAGCCCUGGCUGGGGGAUGGGCUCUUGCUGAGUUCUGGUGACAAAUGGAACCACCAUCGUCGCCUGCUGACACCUGCCUUCCAUUUCAACAUCCUGAAGCCCUAUAUGAAGAUUUUCAAUGACAGUACGAAUGUCAUGCAUGCCAAGUGGCGGCGACUGGUCUCAGAGGGCAGCGCCCGUCUGGACAUGUUUGAGCACAUCAGCCUCAUGACCUUGGACAGUCUGCAGAAAUGCGUCUUCAGCUUCGACAGCAAUUGUCAGGAGAAGCCCAGUGAAUAUAUUGCUGCCAUCUUGGAGCUCAGUGCCCUCGUGGUCAAAAGGCACGAGCAACUCCUCUUGCACAUGGACUUCCUGUACCUUCUCAGCCCCAGUGGGCAGCGCUUCCGUAAGGCCUGCCGCCUGGUGCAUGACUUCACAGAUGCUGUCAUCCAGGAGCGGCGCCGCACCCUCCCUGAUCACGGUAUUAGUGACUUCCUCAAGGCCAAGGCUGAGUCCAAAACUUUGGACUUCAUUGAUGUGCUCCUGCUGACCAAGGAUGAAGAUGGAAAAGAGUUGUCGGAUGAGGAUAUCAGAGCAGAAGCUGACACCUUCAUGUUUGAGGGCCAUGACACCACGGCCAGUGGUCUCUCCUGGACCCUGUACAACCUGGCAAAGCACCCGGAAUACCAGGAGCGCUGCCGGAAGGAGGUGCAAGACCUGCUGAGGGACCGUGAUCCUAAAGAAAUUGAGUGGGACGACCUGGCCCAGUUGCCCUUCCUGACCAUGUGCAUCAAGGAGAGUCUGCGGUUGCACCCCCCAGUCACAAUCAUCUCCCGCUGCUGCACCCAGGACGUUGUGCUCCCCGACGGCCGGGUCAUCCCCAAAGGAGUCACCUGCGUCAUCAGUAUUUUCGGGACUCAUCACAACCCAGCUGUGUGGCCGAACCCAGAGGUCUAUGACCCCUUCCGCUUUGACCCAGAAAACGCCAAGGACAGGUCACCUCUAGCUUUUAUUCCUUUCUCCGCGGGACCUAGGAACUGCAUCGGGCAGACGUUCGCCAUGAACGAGAUGAAGGUGGUGCUGGCGCUGACGCUGCUGCGCUUCCGCGUCCUGCCCGACGACACCGAGCCGCGCAGGAAGCCCGAGCUGAUCCUGCGCGCCGAGGGCGGGCUCUGGCUGCGCGUGGAGCCGCUGAGCGCCGGCGCGUAGUGACCCACGGAGGCGGGUCCGGGGACCCCUCCGUGCAGAUCCCCCAAGCUACCUGCGCA